CCUCUCCUCACGCGGCAAAAUUAAAUUGAAACAAAUCCCAACGGUGUAGAAAUUCAAGUAGCGAAGUAGAUACAGAGCCUUCCCCAUUUCUAUUACCAUAAACCCUAACAAUGCUCUCUCUGCAUUUCCUGGUGCCGCCAACCAUCUGCAAUCUCUCUCCUCGCCUCAGCAUCGCUUCUCCGAACCAACAGUUUCGAUGCCCCACCUGCAGCGUCGAUCGGCGAGUGCCGUCCCCUUCCGUACAGCUUCCCAAACGGCCUCGCCUCGAACCCACCUCUGAAGACUUGCUGGACAAACGAAGUGUCGCCAGCGCCGGAAAUACGGCGGAGGAACAGAUCCUUCCAGCUGGGCUCCGGCGGGAGUUGCUGCCGAAGCACGUAGCGGUGAUCAUGGACGGGAACAGGAGGUGGGCGAGGCUGAGAGGCUUGCCGGGCGCUUCGGGUCACGAGGCGGGCCUGAAGUCCCUGAGGUUGCUUGUGGAGCUCUGCUGCAAAUGGGGGAUUAGUAUUCUUACUGUUUUCGCGUUCUCUAGUGACAAUUGGACUCGACCGAAGUUGGAGGUUGACUUUUUGAUGCGUUUGUUUGAAAGAGGAUUGAAGAAGAAUCUGGAGAGCUUUUUGAGAGAAGGCGUCCGGGUUUCUGUAAUUGGGGAUUCCUCUAAAUUCCCAAAGUCCCUUCAGCGGCUGAUAACUGAUACAGAGGAGGCCACAAAGAACAAUUCACAGUGUCAAUUGAUUCUGGCUAUCAGCUAUAGUGGGAAAUAUGACAUUGUGCAAGCUUGCCAAAGCAUUGCUGGGAAAGUGAGAGCUGGUCUUAUUGAGCCCAAAGAAAUCAAUGAGUCCCUCAUUGAACGGGAGCUAGAAACUAGUUGUACCAAGUUCCCCACUGCUGAUCUGCUCAUACGGACCAGUGGUGAGCUUAGAGUCAGCAAUUUCUUCUUGUGGCAAUUGGCCUACGCUGAAUUAUUCUUCACAAAAUCCUUCUGGCCUGAUUUUGGAGAAGCUGAGUUUUUAGAGGCUUUAAAUUCCUUUCAGAGAAGGCAAAGACGCUAUGGUGGACCAGAGUUUUAAGUAUUUACAGAUGCUCACCAAGAUUGUUUCACUUGUAAGAGGAGAAAAUUUCCAAGACUCUGGAGCAGUUGGAAGCAACUAACAGCAUUUGCAGAAAUCACAUCCGUGCAAUGGGCUGAAGCUGGAACAAGUGCUGUCUUGACUGGAUUGUAGCAAAUAAUAUCUGGAGGUAGAUGUGCAAGCAGAACAACGAGAUAAGUGCAUCAUCUAUUUUUCUACAUCGCCCUGUGGCUUGUCAGCAAAGCUGGGUUUCUCCAUUCCAUUUUCUGUGGAGAUGCUCAUUUUGAUGCGUUGGGGCUUUUGGCAAAAGGAUUGGAGGAUGUUUGUGCCAUGCUUGCCAUUGUUCAUAUAUUUGUGCUAGGUCUGCAGAAGAGAUGAAUCUAAUUUUAUUGAACUGUUGAUUUUUUCUUUAAUAAUUGUUUUCUCUGCUUGUAUUUUUGGCCUACUAGCCCUUUUUUGUUACUUAUUCUAUCUUAAUGUAAUUUCAUUUUUUAUCAAUGAAGAAAACUAUAUUGUCAACA